AUGAGGAAGCUUUGUCCUAAUUUCGACAAAGAAAAUGGACUGGAGACUGUCUUGGAGGUGCCUAUCCCGGAGGAGAUGUUCACUAACAUGGGCAGCAACGCCUCGCUGCGGUGGCAGAAUCUGCGCGCCUUGAUGAAAGCUCAAUCCGCCGGUGACAAGUCUUCGCGUCUUUCUUCUGGAUCAAGCAAUGAAUUUAUGGCUUUGCUUAAGCUUGUUGGCUCUCCUCUAAUUCCUCUUCAGGUGCAACCCGGAGACGCACUCACCCGUCCCAUAAAAGAUGGUUCUAUCGAGGCUUCAACGGCAAAAUAUAUAGUUCAACAAUAUUUGGCAGCAACGGGAGGACUGGCGGCGUUGAAUGCUAUAAAUAGCAUGUACGCGGUCGGGCAGGUGAAGAUGAUGGGGUCGGAAAUGCACGAGGGGGAUGAGAGUGUACGUACCAAAGGCAAGAGUGAGGUUGGUGGGUUUGUGUUGUGGCAAAAGAAUCCAGACUUGUGGUACUUAGAACUUGUCGUUUCUGGCUUUAAGGUCAGUGCUGGCAGUGAUGGCAAGGUCGCUUGGAAUCAGUCGUCAUCUCAACCCUCUCAUGCUAAUAGAGGCCCCCCAAGGCCCCUCCGUCGCUUCUUCCAAGGAUUGGACCCCAGGUGCAUAGCCAACUUGUUUCUAGAUGCAAUAUGCAGUGGAGAGAAAACCAUAAACAAUGAAGAUUGCUUUGUACUAAGACUUGAGACAGCCCAAAACAUUCUUAAAGCGCAAAGCACGCCUCAAACGGAGACAUCACGCCACACAAUAUGGGGAUAUUUCAGCCAACGCACAGGUCUUAUCGUCCAGUUUGAGGACACCAAGUUGGUGAGGGUGAAGGCGGUGAGAGGAAAUAACGAGAGUGUGUUUUGGGAAACGAGAAUUGUGACUGAGAUUGAAGAUUAUAGAUAUGUUGAAGGCAUUAACAUAGCGCAUAGUGGUAAAACAUGUGCCAUGCUUUAUAGGUAUGGAGAGGCUCACAAUCAUAGGCGAAGGAUUGAGGAGAUUUGGAAGAUUGAAGAGAUUGAUUUUAACAUUUGUGGGUUGUCCAUGGAGUGCUUUUUGCCUCCCGCUGAUCUUAAGAGGGAUAAUGUUCCUGAGGGUCGAUCUCAAGGAGCGGGAGAGAUCUCACCCGCCGGCCUCACCUGCCUCAGUCCUCAGUCCUCACCCGCUUUAGUCCUCACCGCCUCAGUCCUCACCGGCCACCGCCUCAGUCCUCAGUCCUCACCCGCGCCAUUUCAAGUUCAGCCUUUCACCAUUGAGAUUGAUUUUGGGGGGCGAACGACCAUUUGGAUUCCGUUUCAGUUAGACUUGGCUGGUUUGCUCGAUUUGUUCUCAGAGUCUCCAACACCGGAAGUGGUUGCAAACUCUAGAUUUCUCCCGAUGGAUGAUUUGCAAGAUGGUGUUGGAGUAAAUGUAGAGUCAGACAGCUUUACCGCAUCCGCUGCUGCUACUGGUGAUGCACCUAUUGCAUUAGAGGCGGAUGUUGAGCCUGAAGCUAAUUCCAAGAAUCCGACCACUAUUUCUAAACGUAAGGAAGCAUACUUCUGUUGUCUGGAACCAGUUUGA